CAGAAAGUCUCCUAAAACACUAGAAAAAGUCGCUAGAUUCUUCGCUAGUAGCUUUUGUCACCAAGAGGGUUUGGAAAGUCGCUAGAUUUAGCGAGUGUUUGCUUUCAACUUCUGGUAAAGCAGCAAAGAGUACCUGACAGCAAAGGAAAGACAUACAAUCAUGACUUACAGAAGUAAGUCAAUCUACAAGCUGUCCCUGGUUGCUGUUAUCUGCUUCAUCAAAGCCAGCAGCAGCAGCUGUCCAGUGUUGGAGUGCUGGUUUGUGCAGGAGAAAGCGGGUCGAGGAGGAGGUUUAGCUGCAGCUACAAGCCAGGAAAAAUCUCUGCUUCACAUCAGAACAGACGCCUACAGCCACUCUGCAGAGUCCCAACAGGCUCCAUCUGACAUCAACCCCGACAGAGUUUACUUUAUUACCGACCCAGCUGCCACUCUCUGCCACCGCUCUCUGAACCCUCCAAGAGGCUCUGUCAACAAGCCCCAUUGUGAGAUCAACCCCUUCUUGCCGCAGCCCUCCACCCUCAAAUGGGUUGCUCCACUCACGGACUCCGCCUUAAGCCCCAUAUACCUGCAAGCUGAUUGGUUUUCAACUUCCAUUCAGGGCCUCAACAAACAGCUGGCCAUUUCCACUAUCACGCGUGCUCCAACAGCAGCCCAAGAGCCCAAUGUGAUCCUCAGUGUGACCAGUAAAACCGUCUCAGUGCAGUCCAGACUCGGGGAACCAGUGCUACUGGAUUGUGGCUUCUGGGCCUACCCCCCUUCACCUCUAUCCGGGUCGGGGUUUGCCGUAGAGUGGCGCUACCAAUUCAGAGGCGACGGACGUUUGGUUCUGGCCUACGACGGGAAAACGGACCGCUUGGCUGAUACACAAGAGGAAGGGGCCACACUGGACUUCGAGGGUUUGCACAGGAAAGGAAAUGCGUCUCUGAUCCUGCAGGAGGCUAAAGUGCGCCACUCCGGGAUGUAUAUUUGUACGGUGUAUCUGCCGUACCUUGUGGCUCAGGUGGCGGUGGAGCUUGAGGUUGUAGAACCUCCAUCCCUCUCCAUUUACCCGUCCGCUCUGCCCCUCGCUGUUCACGGCCAGACUUUGACUGUCCAGUGUGAGGCGUCUGGCUUUGCCCCCCUCUCCCUGGAACUGAGCUGGGAGUUUAAAGGCACCGAUGGGAAGUCCAGGCCUCUGGGAUCAGGCAGCGUAACAGGCCACAGGCAGGCCUGGGAUGGAACCUAUAGCCAGAGCACCCGGCUGGAGCUUGACACAACGAAGCUGGACCUGGGCAGAGGAGGGGAGGUCACCUGUGUGGCUGUCCAUCUUGGAGGAACACGACGGGCCAGCGUAACCCUCAAUGUCAUUGGUAAUGUGGAAUACUUUUGUUGUUUUAGACAUUUAUGAAGCUCUUUUGGCGACAAUGGUUUUGAUCUUUUUAUUCCAUAACAAGACAGAGGCCAGAUAAGGAUUUUUCUGCACAUUGCCAAGAUAUUAAUGGGUGAAUUAGCAGAGGCAGAUAUAUAAAUGUAAAACUGAUAGUGUGAUGUAAGUCCAUUGUUUGGGAUUUUGGUUAUAAUGAUAUACAUUUCAAGUCAUCAUUUAUGACUUUGACAGAUGCUGUAAAGUGACUGGUGCUCACUGAGCUAGAUUACGGUAAUUUUAUGCUGUGGGCCAGUAAAAAACCAUAGACCAUAAAUAUGAACGUAGUCUCCACGUCUUCAUUUAUUGGUUUCUGAAGAGCUGUUGUGAAGCUCAAAGUGAGUGGCUUCAGCCAUCGCCAUCUUCGCCGUGAUAACACGGCCUAACUCCCGGCUAAUCCAAAAUUAGGUAAAGAGGUGGAUCGUUGAUGGAGAUGAGGCGGUGACGCAGCAGACAGCUAGCGGAUAGCCACCUGUGAUGGUACACACCUGUGGCUCAAAGCUGCCACGCCCUUAAUUAUGCAUAACUUUAAGGCUUUAUAUAAUUCAAACAGGUGCGUUAUAUAAAAAUGAACACCGUUUUUGUACCAGGUUGUAAACAUGUUUAUUUCUGGUGUAAAGUUGGGCAUUUUAACAUGGGGGUCUAUUGGGAUCGACUCCCUUUUGGGGCCAGCCUCAAGUUGCCGUUUUUGGCACUUCAGCAUAGCAGCUUGGUAAAAACAUACUCAUGAAUGGCAAAGCUUAUCCUCUUUAAAAAUAACAUUUCAAUGGAGAUAAGAUUAUUUUAACACACCUAAUAUAUAUGAUGGCUCUGGUGGAAUAUGUCACUCUUAAAGGUUGAUUGUUGAAGGUUAAAUGAAUUAUUUUCAUUAAGCUUGAUAACAACGAUACAAGUCAUUUAAAUGGGAAUCAAUUAAGACUUGAAUUCUGUUCUUUUGUCUUCUCAGGUUUCAGUACUCCCUCCAUUGAGGACUCAAUGGCAAUGGUCGGUGUAGCGCUGGUGCUUUACGGUCUUAUCAAGUUUGUGUCUUGGACCUUCACCAGCUCAGGCUCAGAUGAGGCUGGUCCACAAGAGAAGAAAGACAAGUAAAGAAGAAUGACGUACACUGCUGUUGAAGAUUGAUACUGAACCAACAAACCUGUCUUUUGAUAUCUUGGAUGGGCUUUCAAGAGUGAAUAUCUUCCUGUUCAAGCAGACAUAGUGAUAAAUCUGUAGAAUCUUUUACUUUUAGAGGUUGUUUUUUCCCCACAGAUCCAGAGAGAAACUUGCCUGCUCUCACUGUUUUUCUCAAAUAGUAAUAAUACUUUCUGUUCUGCUGGGAUAUCAGCGAGAACUUUCUGAAAGGGGCUUUUGCUCAGUCUAAACAUGUUUGUUGUGAUAUUUAUUUGACUUUAAAGUGAUAUAGCUGUUCUAUCAUGUUGGCCUCCCACCAUUUACAUACUUUACAUACAUCUAGCCAUGAACACUAGAAAAGGACCAGAAACCUAGAAGAAUUUUAAAUGUGUUGAAAUAUCAGCUUCAAUUUGGAGAUGUUAAUGCUUCCUCUAUGUUUCUAAGGCAAAAAUACUUUUAUCUUUGAGGUAAUAAUGACGUGUGUGUGUGUGUGUGUUUUAAGAAAACGAAAUAUCCAAAAACAUCUUUUGUAAAGGAUCCAGGACGGUAAAAUCAAUAUUAGACUAAACUGUCCAAACCCACGAACUGAAUCCUGUUUUUGUAUAUACAGAAAAUCUAAUGUAUGUAUAUUCUGACGUUUAUGUGUGUUUGUGCGUCAUGGUAAUACUUUCAUCACGUGUUGGUAUAAAUGAUGCUCUAACAGCCUGGGCUAAUGUUAUUGUGAAGGAAAUGGUACACACAAAGCACAUGUGUCUAUUAAAUGGAAACUUCUACAUUUGUUUUAAAAAUUCUAAUUUGAGUUCAUUUAAAGUGAAAUAAAUACAUUUCAUAAAACAUGCUGCCCCCAGUUUAAUGCUUUAUGUCAUGUCUGUUAAGCUCCUGGAUGCCUACAUUUCCCUAAUUAAUGAAUAAAGUAUCUAUGUAUCUAUGCC